CCGCACGCCUCGAAUCGGGGCUUGCGUUUCGAAGUCUCGCAGCUCCUCAUCAAACUUUCGGCGAGGCGAGAAAUGAACAACAGAGCGGCGUGAAGCACGAGGCCGGAUGCUCGGUUGUCGUCCGAAGCUGGUCUCCAACGCGUAGAUGGCUCCUCGCGUCCCGCAUCGAAAGACGCGUACGGGCUGCAGCAGGUGCAAAGCGCGAAAAGUGAAAUGCGACGAGGAGAGACCGAGAUGCGGCGCCUGUAUUCGGCAUGCCGUGCUCUGCGAGUACCCGAUUGACCCGUAUCGUACUCACGCUCCCGGCGCAGAGACCGCGAAUCAAGCCAACGCUGCCGAACACGCGAUAGAACUCCGACUCAUGUACGAAUGGACUGCCUUCACCUGCACAUCCUUCUCCACGGUUUGGGAAUUCUGGAAACACCAGUGCCCCAUGAUAGCUUUCGAGUACCCGUGGGUUCAAGAUGCCAUGAUGGCUUUGACAGCACUCCAUGCCUCGCGUGCAAAACCAAGAUACUGGUCAUCGCUCGAAGGCCGACUGAUACAUGCCGAUGCGGCGGUCAACACUGCUAACUCGCUCCCGGAGCAACCCGCCUCUAUCGAAUGGAACAAGGCUAAGCAGACGAUGAACGGCCUGUCGAGCAGAGGCAGCAUCACUGUGAUCCCUCCUCAUGAUCACGCGGAAAUGCUGGAGAGAUCGAGGAGGUAUUUCACUCGUGCCCUCGACGGACAUCAAAAGGCCGUCGCAGUGUUGUCAGUCAGCAACGUCAGAGCCGCCUAUCUGGCAUCCGUGCUAAUCUCCUACUACGCCCUGUUCACCCUGAAUGAGCCUGCGGAAGAGUCGCUAAUGCUUGACCCUUUGAAAUGGUUCCAGCUGAGUCGUGGUGUACUUUUCCUGAUCAAACAAUGGGAAGAUUGGGUAGGGCCUUCUUGGCUCUCCGAAGCCGGGGCCAUGUAUGGCGAGCCUGACCUCUCGGACGAGGUUGAGCUUUUCCGAAAAGACCAUCAGCAGGGCUUCGAGUAUCUUCUGUUCCCGGUCGAUGGUCACGAGAUCAAGCACGAAGACAAAUUCGCUUACGAGCGGACUUUGAGCUACAUUGGCUUGAUGUAUAAAGGCGUGACCAACGGCACCGACUCGCCACUUGCCACUGGUCGAAGAGUAAUGGCCAUGCCAGCGCGUGUUCCGAUCCGAUUUGGCGAACUUGUCGAAGCAAGUGAACAUAGAGCAGCUGCAAUGCUCGCUCAUGUGUUUGCCACGAUGAAGCUGAGCGAGGAGCGCUUUCCCUGGUUCGAAGGUAUCGGUCAGCGGCAGAUACCCUUACUGUGCAGGUUAUUGCCGUCUGCAUGGAGACCACUCGUCGCCUGGCCGCUCCAAGUUGUGAACGUCGAACUGCCUACGAGCUCUUUUCCAACACCAGCUCCAUCGAGUGAAGCUAAUAGUCGAUGA